AAGACGUGCCCCCCUUGCACUGCGCACACCUUGGCGGGCUCAUGAGGAACGUCACGUAGCCAGCCCGCCGCCUGCCCUCUGCAGCGGGGCUCGGGACCUUCGCAAGACUUAACCGAGGAAGUGCGAUGUUGCUGUCUACGUGAGCCACCCGUAAGCACAGAGGCGGAGCUUGAUGCAGUUUGAAUCCGCCCUUGAAAAGCCUGUCCCAGCCUUUGUGCACUUUCGAAGGGGGCCUAGAAACAGCAGCUCGGCCGAUCUCGAGCCGAUUUUGUUUGCCUGCCCCCUGGCUUUAGAAGAAAGAGAGCCUUGCCCUCUCUCAUUCUGAUUUAAGUAAUUUCGGAGGAGCCAUUAACUUCAUAGAAACUAUGAUCGGCAGAGAGGUUUCCUACUUGUCGUCGAUCGAGCGAUUGCCUGCAAAGUGCAGCAAAACAGCAUGAAAGAAGCAACAAAGGCGUGAAUGGCAGAGCCCCUGCGCAGCACGCGCGAUUUCGGAUGUCUCCCCAGCCGGAGGGGUAAUGGUUCCUGCCCACAAAACGGGCCUAUUCAGUCACUGCUAUGAAGUACACAGGACUUUUAGAGAGCCAAAACCUUACCUCUGUAUUGGAGCAUGCUCUAGCACGAGAAGCAAAGAUUUGGAAGGUGCCAGUCUUCCAGGAUUUCACACUGAAGGGCACAGACAUAUCUCCAUUUUAUUAUGAGAAAGCAGUUUUGUGGAUCGGAGAAAUAAGCUCCCAGUUUCAGUUUUGCUCUGAAACAUUUGCUUUGGCAAUCAGCUUUCUGAAUCGGUUGUUGGCAUCUGUAAAGGCACAGUUAAAAUAUCUCCGAUGCAUUGCAAUAGCUUGCCUGGUUCUUGCAGCAAAAAUCAAUGAAGAAGAUGAAAUAAUACCACCAGUAAAGAAGCUUGCGGUGCAGAGUAGUUGUAAAUGUUCUCCAGCUGAGAUUUUGAGAAUGGAAAGAAUUAUACUCGACAAACUUCACUGGGAUCUUUACACAGCAACAUCAAUGGAUUUCUUAAACAUUUUCCAUGCCAUGGUGAUAUCCAAGUGGCCCCAUCUACUAGGUGGGCUGCCUCAGAGGAAUCCUUCCCGCCAUGUUGCAUUCUUGAUUAAACAGCUACAGCACUGUAUGGCAUGCCACCAACUAUUGCAGUUUAAGGGCUCCACAUUGGCUUUGGUGAUCAUCACCUUAGAGUUGGAGAGGCUGACUCCUGAUUGGUUUCCUGUAAUUACUGAUCUGCUAAAAAAAGCACAGAUUGACAAUGCCCAAUUCAUCCACUGUAAAGAGCUUGUUGAUCAGGAGCUCCUGGGCUACCAACCAUCCAAUGCUAUCUAUAUUUUCAACCCUGCAAACCAAAACAUCCAAGCCCAUCUAGAUGAAAAGUUGCCCUGCUGUUACAAGACAGUGAACAAAGCAGUGCAGAUUAACCCACGAGCAAGAGGGAGCUGGCCAGUCCCAGCAGCUUUCACACUUCUCAGAGUCAACAUCCAUGAAGAUGUCAUGGAGACCGAUGAAUUCUAUGAUGGAUUCAAGUACCUGUACAGUGAAGAUGGGAUCCCAGACACUGGGCACACCAGCAGUAUGGGUGGUAACAUGCAUCUGCAGCAAGAAGAAAAUAGCAGUUCUUGUCCACCAUUAGAGCCUGCCCCUCAGAUCAACUAAUUGUGCCUGUGUAGAGCCAAGGGACCCAACCUUAAAGGUUAUUUUUGAUAUUUCAACGGUUAAUAGAGCUAUAGAUAGAAAGUACUGCCUACUUGUAGCCUUCAACUCUACACCUUUUUAAUUGCUUCUUUUAAAACAUGCAUGCCUUUUUGUUUUGAUAUGGUCCAAAUAUAAAGUGAACACACAGAUCUAAGCUAUGCACAACUGCAAGAUGAAACCUCAGGGAUCAACAUUUAGCAAAUUGGACUGUGUGCUACGUUUAGAUAUAUAGCUCAAAACCAAUUCCAGGAACAUGUGGGAGCUUUCUAAAUUUCCUCUCCUAGAGUGCAUACGGUGGGAGUAGGAAUGAAUGCCUUCAUUCAGACACUAACUUUGCUGUCCUGCAUAAACUGAACUGUUGUGUUUUAGCUGUGAUGACUUUUGAAGAUUAGUUGGACAGUAGGGAUGUGCACAAAUCAAUUUUUUUGAUUCGAUUUGUGCCCAAAACAAAUCACUCCUGAUUUGUUUUGUAUCCAAAUCACCCCAGAUUCAAUUUAUAUUUGCUUUGAUUAGAUUUGGAUUCGAACUGAUUCGGAUCAAGGUCCUAGGGGCCCCAAAUCUGAGUGGUGGUUAGGUUCCCAUGGGUGCCACCUACUACCCAAAUGUCAAGGCAGUAGGACACUUGGUUUAUUUUUAAUGAAUUUCUACUGAUUUUGAACAUUUCUGCCAUAGGAAACAAUGGAGAUUCAAAGUUGCCAUAUAAUAACCCUAACACAGAUCCCCAGCUUUCAUUUUUUUAAAAAAAGCUAAGCUCUAGCCCUUGUAGAACUGGAGCUAUGGAACAAAAUGUGCAGUCAUUUUUCAAGUGUUUGGAUUCUUUGGUGUAUAACAACUUUUCCUCAUAAUGAAUCCCUAUGAGGAUUCAUUGCACACCUUCAUUUCUUCUAUUCAUUUUGACUGUCACUGGACAGUGCCAACUAUCAACUGCCAUGUGCCAACUACACCCCCCCCACACACACACCUGCAAGGCAAUGGGGUUCUUGUUUUAAUUUUUAGGAAUAUUGAAAUGUUUAGAAUCUUUGGUGUCUAAUAACUUUUCUUCAAAAUGAAUCCCUGAGGAUUCAGUAUAUGCCUUCGUUUCUUCUGUUCAUUUUUGACUAUCAUUGAACCUGAUCAACUACCAUGUGUCAACUACACCAACCCACUCACCCCACACACUGGGGUACUCAGUUUAUUUUUUAGGUAUUUUUGAAGUGUUUAGAUUAUUUGAUGUAUAAUGAAUAAUGAAUACACACCUUCAUUUCUUCUGUUCAUUUUGACUCCACUGCUUUGCAGGUGGGGAAUUAGUGGCAUCCUAUGUUCCAGCUACCCCACAAGCCACUGGGUACUCAGUUUACAUUUUAGGAAUCUGAGGUGUUUAGACUCUUCGGUGUAUAAUGAAUCCUCAUAGGGAUUCAUUAUGAGAAAAGGUUAUUAGACACCAAAGAGCCUAAAAACUUGAAAAAAAUCCUAGGACAUAAACUGAGUAGUACCCCACUGCCUUGCUGGUGGGAGUGGGGUGUAGUUGAUACAUGGCAGUUGACAGUUGGUGCUGUCAAAAAGACAGUCAAGAAGAAUAGAAGAAAUGAAGGUGUGUAAUGAAUCCUCAUAGGGAUUUAUUGAGGGAAAGUUAUUAUAGACCAAAGAAUCCAGACACUUGAAAAAUAGUGACCACACAUUUUGCUCCAUAACUCCACUUCUACAAGGGCUAGAGCUUAGCUUUUUCUUUUUAAAUGAAAGCUGGGAAUAGGAGGGAUCAAAAUCUUGAAUCGAUUAGAUUCAAAUCAGGCAUGAUUCGAUUUGGACCCGAAUCUAGCCAAUGGACCACAGGGAUGAUUUGUUUUGUCUCCAAAUCACCCAAAUCAUCUAGAUUCGGGUACAAAUCAAUUUGUACCCAAAUCAAUUUGCACAUCCCUAUUGGACAGGUGUGUAGGGCUAAUCACAUGUAGGCUUCUACAGGUAUGCAAAGAUGGAACUGCAGGAUUGAUAUUUAAGACUCGGUUCACACAUUGACCAUAAUGAUCAAAUGGCUCAGCAGCUGAAUAAGGUGUUUUUGAACUGGGUUUAAGACAGAAAAAUUGUGCCAUGGGACAGUUGAUUUGUAGCAAAGAAUAUUACAUUUCUGCAUCUUUGGGUGACUCUGAAAUCAGACACAAGUGGAGUGCUUAGCACAUUUCAGGAUGGAAGCCUACGGAGGACUCUGGAUCCAUGGUCUUUGGAACUGGCCUUAAGACCUUGGCUGGCAUGAUGUGCAGCCUACCACCACAGUCAUGGGCUGCCUCCUCCCUGUUGCAACCUGCAAAAGCAGCCCUGAUGCUGUUUUGAAGCAACAGUUAUGAAGACAGUGUUCCUUCAGGUUUUUCCAUUGUCACAAAUGGAACUUCAGAACAGCAUCAGGGCUGCCUUUGCAGGUUGUAGGAACCAGGGGGCAGCCCAUUUUGGAGGAGGUAGGCUGCACAGCAUAUCAGCCAUUAGCACUUCCUUCACACAAUAGCAUUAGGCAACAUCGCUGGGUUCUUCACACCAGUUCUCCAUAGUCAACAUAAAACCAGAGAGUUGUACUUUGAAGAGUUUUGUGGACUGGAAAAAAAAAUCAGUGGGUACAGCUUUUAAAAAUUACUCAUAUAUAACUGAAGCAAGCCUAGGCAUACAACCUACUAGACUUGAAAAGUUGCAUUUUUGUUCACGUUACCACAAGUAUAAAUUCCACAUAACCCUUAGGCAUGGAGUCAGUACCUCCCCCUCCCCCAAUAGCUGACAAUUCAAAUUUCAGUCAGUUCAAGGGAUAUGGCAGCAGUCAUAUAACCACUGCCAUAUCAGUGCACACACAGCCAGCAUCCCAUUUUGGGGUUGUUUACAAAGUGGUGCUUAGUCAGGUGUGCUCAGCUGAGGCAUACUUGAAUCCUGCUGGCCAGGCCAAAUAGAAAAAAAGAAGCCUGGUACACACCCAAGGGUCAAAUGCUCAAUCCUGGAUGAAUACUACAUGUAUCCUGCAAAAUACAAACAACUGAACAGAUGGUAGCGAAGUUCUCUACUGCCUAGUCCCUUCUUGCUAAAUGAAAGAACAGGGCAGGUCUUGGUUCAGGCAUGUGAAAUAUGCUUGCUAAUGAGAUUAGAUGAGCUUCACUUGAAUGGAAUGACUGUUACACAGCAACCAGAUGUGGAUUUUUGGCACUUGACAUUUUGUAUGCAAUGGGUAGAGAUGCAGCAUUUUUCUGCACACUGUUUUAAGUGAGGCACUCUAUAUAGUCACACUGUGAAUCCUUGCGAUUGUGCAGAAUUUAACUUCCUAAGCAUCUCAGCUUCCAUUUUCAUAUUUGAAGAACGUUUCUAGCCCACAACUUAUGACACACCAAACCGAACACAGUUCAUCAGCCUUGUAGCCUAACUGCAGAUAAACAGUCUCCUUUGUUUUUGAGUUUGAGUCCCUGGUAGACCAUCAGGGCUGACAAUUUGCAUUUGGCUUGCUUUGUCAUUUGUUGGACAAGCCUGAUAUAGACAAUGGUUAUCUGUAUUACAUUUUUAUCUUGCCCAUCCUCCGAAGAGCUCAGAGCAGCAUACUUACCCUUUGACUUAUCUUCACAACAGCCUUGGGAGGUAGGUUGGGCCAGUCACUGUCUCUCAGCUUAAGGUCACCCAGCAAGUUUUGUAGCUAAAUAAUAGGUCUUUGGGUUGGUGAGAUCUCAGAAGCAAAGAGGGCUGGUCACGACUUCCAGUGGUCCCUUGGGUGGUGUCAUAUGACUAGCAAAAAUCAGAACAGUGCAAUUCUAUGCAUAUUUAUUCAGAAGCCCCACUAUGUGUGGGGGUGCUUACUCCCAGGUCAUUGGUCAUACGAUUCCAGCAAUGAGUUGUGCAAAGUGAGCAAAUAAAAUCUUGAUUUGCAUAAGUGAGAAGGAUCACUUUCCUUGCUACAGCUAGUACACACAAGCUCUGUUUAGGAAGGAUCAAAUCCUUAGUUAAGAGAUUUCAUUGUAGGAGGUAAUAGCUACCUUAAAUGUUAUCACACCAUGCUGAGCUUUGCAUCAAAACUCUAUAUUGCUGCAGCGGGGGUGGGUGGAGGAGAUAACACAUCUAUGAAUCAAGGACAUAGUGGGAAUUUAGUCUCCAGGAAGCAGUUAAGGAGACAGAAGAGGGGCAACACUGAUGUUAUGGCCACUUCCUCAUUGCUGAUCAGUGCUUUUUCUUUACUCCAUUUUCCGAUAGAGAGAACACCAACACAACACAUGUCCCACACACUGACAAUACUGCAGAGUUGAUUUAUCACAAAAUCCAAAUCCCAUAUGUGUACUCAUGCUCACUGCCAUUGUCAUGUUUAAAUGCUAUAUAUGCAUCUUGAUGGAUGUGUCUUAGAUGUCUUCUCCCAAAUCCACAUGUUUUGCCAUAAAUCUAUUGGUAAUACUUUAAAAAUGAAUUGGCUUCGAUUAGAGAUGGCCAAAGAUAUGUUGACUCCUGAAGCAGAAAUUCCAAAAGGCAGCCCUUCCUCUCCAAGAUAGUCACAUAUCCCAAUAAAUGAAAUAGUUGACCAUUUGCUGCCUACUAUGGUACCUCAAACUCAGGCACCUGAAGUGGGCUCUCUCACCCAGCCCUGCUAAGGGCCACAGUCCUCAUGUUACCCUUUUGAUACUGUAAACUAUGCAGCUGAGGCAGAAAAGGUUUUUAAAAAUCUGCAAAAUGGUGCUAAAUGAGCAAGGUGAAAUCAAAAUAGUACUUAAUGUGAAGGCAAGGACUAUGAUGGAAGAUGGUAGCCACAGAGGACCCUAGGUAUGCUAGUUGCCAGCUGGAUGUGGGUAAGCAUGCUGUGGUGUAUCAGAAGCAGGUGUGUGUGUGUGUAUACACACAUACAUGUGUAUGUACAUGAACACAGGCAUCGCUUCCCGAUAGCUAGCCUACCACAUUUUUAAGCACUUUUUCUGCGGACCACAUGGCUGAUGGUUGUGUGAAUAGGCCCUUGAACAGACAGGAUAAGAAUGCACCAGGGAAGCUGAAGCAGCAAUGCAGAAAGCUACCAAAAACUGUGAAUGCUGUGCUUUGUGCAAAAGAACCGAAGGACACAAAGCACUGCCUUGCCAGCACAGUAGCAUAUGUGCUGCUAAUCAUAAGCUAAGAACCUAGGAAUGUAAAUAUACACAGUAUUUAGACUGCAAACAUCUGUAAGAGGCUUUCCACAUGUUUGGACGUAAUGUCCAAUUAUUAAUGGAAAGCUUCAGACAAUAGUUCUUCAUCUUGCUUUUCAUUUAUAGGACCAAAAGCACCGCCCUGUUCUUAGAUCACCAACUGUGACUUGACUGUAUUUUUAAUAUAGGCAAUGUUUUUUAAAAUGAGGGUGGUGUGUGGGGUUCCUUUUUGGACGGGGGGUAAUUUCCGUUAAAUAAAAAUUCAAUUUGAAAUUCUA